AUGAGCUCGGACUUACCAACACCGCCAGAAACAGGUCAUGUAGGGUCGAUGUCAUUACGUGCUCUGCCUCCUGUCUACAUUCUGCCCGCCCAUCUCACGGUUGAUGAACUUCACGAACUCGAAGAUCAAGUAAUCGAAUUGGGAGCGCCAUUCACAUACGAUGCCAAGGAAGCUAAGAUAUUCCUUGGUAAAGUUGAGCGGAAGACUCGAGCUGCUUUCGAAUUACGGAGUAAGGGAGUAUGGACGGAGGAGAACAUUGUCAAAAUGGAAGAGCCUGCUCGGAAACGAAGAAGAGUUACUACAGCACCACCUACCGAGGUUGUGAUAAUAUCGGAUGAUGAGUCAGAAGCUGGAGAGGAUGGUAACGUGAAAGGCAAGGAGACUAGUGCGGCAACCUCAUCAAAACGUCCGUUAGUAGAGGACGACUUUGUACUCCCUGAUCUACACAAUCGAGUUCUUGUCGUAAAGCUUGCUUGGCGGGACGAGUGCUUUCGCCACCGCCGUCUCCUUCCUAUCGAGCCAUUCAUCGUCUAUGAUGGGCGACUUAUUCCGAAACCUGAUGGAGAGAGCACUCCUACGUCGUCUCCAUCAUCUGUUCGAACGCAGAGACCUGAUACACCGUCGAACAAUGAACCUACAAGUUCUCCAUUACAGCGCGAGAACCUGUUCACAAAUAUCCUCACUCGUGCCAAAGCCGAUGCAGAAGUCGUCGAAGAGAAAGGCCACCCGGUAGCAUUCCAACAUCGUAGACGCUUUAAGCAGCAGAAUCUUCCACCUGUGUACGGUAGCCCGGUCCCAAAGCUAAAACGGAUGACGACUUCGGAGUUUGAAGAAUGCGACGCGAAGGCAUUGCCCGAACCUCCUGACUGGGUCAAGAAUCACAGCAUGUACUGCUGUCUCCGCUCCACCCCCAUGAAUCAACCCAACCACCGCUUCAUCUCCGAACUCCAGAAGAUCAAGCUAUCACGCAUCCUGACCCUCGACCAAAUCGGUGUCCGCGCGUAUUCCACCUCUAUCGCUAGCCUCGCUGCCUACCCGUACCUCAUCCAAUCUCCUCUCGAAAUCAUGCGUCUGCCCGGCUGCGACGAACGAAUUGCUACCCACUUCUCCGAAUACAAAGCCACCUCCCGUUCAGAGUCCGAGCGCUACCUUCCCGUGGCCCGCAAACUCGACGAAGACGAAAACCUCCAAUGCCUGAAAACCCUUUAUGAUAUCUGGGGUUGCGGCGCCGACACCGCCCGAAAAAUGUACUUCACCCACGGCUGGAAAGACAUCGAUGACGUCGUGCAAUUCGGCUGGAACACCCUCAACCGCGCCCAGCAAAUCGGAGUGAAGUUUUACGACGAAUUUAAAACCACCAUCCCACGCAAGGAAGUCGAAGAAAUAACCGAGAUCGCCAAACAACACGCCCGAAAAGCAAGGGGCAUCAAGCCGCACCAAUACGACACAGACGAAGACAUCGUCGCCAUCAUCGUUGGCGGCUACCGCAGAGGAAAAGAGCAAUGCGGCGAUGUCGACAUGAUCCUCUCCCACCGAGACGAAAACGUAACGCGCAACCUGGUCGUGGACGUGGUCUCCGAACUCGAAGAAAGCGGCUAUAUCACGCACACCCUGACGCUCAACACCACCACCACCAAACGCGGCCAGCAGACCCUUCCUUACACAGGCGGCCAUGGAGGCCACGGUUUCGACUCCCUCGACAAAGCGCUCUGCGUGUGGCAGGACCCAAACUUCGAAGUCCCUCCCAGCCAAGCGGCAGACCCGGACUCGGCACCGGUGAUGAAGAACCCCAACAUCCACCGCCGCGUCGAUAUCAUCAUCAGUCCCUGGCGCACCGUCGGCUGCGCCGUCUUGGGCUGGAGCGGCGCAACCACCUUCGAACGCGAUAUCCGCCGCUGGUGUAAGCGCGAGAAGGGUUGGAAGUUCGAUAGCAGUGGGGUGCGGGACCGUAGGGAUGGUUUGGUGCUGGAUUUCGAGAGUCCGCGUAAGGGUAAGAGGCCGGAGGAAGGGGUUGGGGGUAAGGAGGAGGUGGAAGGGGAUACCUGGUUGGAUAGGGAGAAGAGGUUGAUGGACGGGUUGGGCAUUGGCUGGAGGCCGGCUACGGAGAGGUGUACCAGCUGA